ACCUUCCAAGCGUAGCCAUGGCCACAGGCGUGACGGUGUGCGUGACCGGCGCCGCCGGGUACUGCGCCUCGUGGCUCGUCAAGCUCCUCCUCUCCCGCGGCUACGCCGUUCACGGCACCGUUCGGGACCUGCGUGAUGAGAAGACUGCCCAUCUAAGGCGCUUAGAUAAUGCUGAUAGCAACCUAAAGCUUUUCAAGGCUGAUCUCCUUGACUACGAUGCAAUGGCGACUGCCAUUUCGGGAUGCCAUCGAGUUUUCCAUGUCGCUACCCCCGUUCCUUCAGAAGAGAUAACUGAUCCAGAGUUACAAAUGUUGGGCCCUGCUGUUACUGGCACCACGAAUGUGCUCAAGGCGGCGUCUGCCGCAAAUUCCAAGAGAGUGGUCGUCGUCUCAUCCAUGGUCGCCGUCGAGAUCAACCCGAAAGACUGGCCCCAAGGUAAAAUCAGAGAUGAGAACUGCUGGUCAAACAUAGAAUUUUGCAGGAGCAAUGAGAGCUGGUACCCUGUUGCCAAGAUCGCAUCUGAAGCGGCGGCUCUGGAGUACGGGCGCAAAACCGGGCUCGACGUGCUCACGCUUAACCCUGCGCUGGUGUUUGGUCCCCUGCUCCAGCCGACUGUCAACGCGAGCAGCCAGUUCCUCAUCUACUUCCUGAAAGGAGGCCCUGAUCAGGUGAGCGACAAGCUCUGGCACAUCGUGGACGUCCGCGACGUCGCCGACGCCCUGCUCCUGCUCUACGAGACGCCGGGAGCCGCCGGCCGGCACAUCUGCGCGCCACACUUCAUCACCGCCCGGGAACUGUUGCGCUUGCUCAAGGGCAUGUACCCUGGGUACCCCUACAUAGCCGAGGAGAGCAUAUAUGACAUGGAUCACCCAGCUCCGAUGACCUCCGAAAAGCUGGAGAAGCUAGGGUGGAGCUACCGGCCGCUGAAGGACACGAUAGCUGACACCGUCGAGUUCUGCCGGGAGGCCGGGUUUCUUGAGGACGUGGAUGGUGAUGAUGCGCCGUGCCGCUUUCCCCCUCUUUUCAACAAAAUCUAGCGUCAAGAAAGGAUUUAAAGCGUGGGCCAGCAUAUAGUGUUGCUACUCUAUUAUUGAUACCUUUGCGUGUGUAUUUGGUGUGACACUGAAAUGUUUGACGGAACAACAUUUAAGAUCCGCAACAAUAAGGUGAACA